UACUCCUCGUGUCCUUUGAUGGCUUCAGGGCUGAUUACUUGGAAACCUAUAAACUUCCUCAUCUUCAGGAGUUCAUUGAGGAUGGUGUGCUUGUAAAACAAGUUACGAAUGCUUUUAUCACCAAGACUUUCCCAAACCAUUACACCAUAGUGACAGGUUUAUAUGAAGAAAGCCAUGGCAUCGUGGCUAAUGACAUGUACGAUGCAGAUGCCAAAAAAAAGUUUUCACAGUUCAAUGAUUCAGAUCCCUUCUGGUGGAAUGAGGCAGUUCCAAUUUGGGUAACAAAUCAACAGCAGGGAAAAGGAGCAAGUGCUGCUGCAAUGUGGCCCGGUACCGAUGUAAAAAUUAGCAAUACAACCCCUCAAUUCUUUAUGAAGUACAACUUUUCAGUAACGUUUGAGGAGAGAGUGGAGAAAAUUGUUGCGUGGCUGAACAGCUCUAGUCCAGUAGUCAGUUUUGCUACAUUAUACUGGGAAGAACCAGAUGCAAGCGGGCACAAGUAUGGACCAGAUGACACUGAGAACAUGCGCAAAGUAUUAGAAGAAGUGGAUAAUCGUAUUGGUUUCCUUACUAAUAAAUUGAAGGCAUUAGGUUUGUGGGACACUGUUAAUAUCAUAAUAACAAGUGAUCAUGGAAUGGCCUCCUGUUCUGCAAAGAAGCUGAUUGUCCUGGAUGGCUGCAUUGGUCGCAAUAACUAUACUCUGAUAGACAAGACUCCAGUUGCUGCAGUGUUGCCAAGGGAGACUGAAGAAUAUGUGUAUAACUUGCUGAAAAAAUGCAGCAAUCGCAUGAAAGUAUAUUUCAAAGAAGAAAUUCCAGACAGAUUUCAUUAUCGUCAUAAUAAGAGAAUUCAACCCAUAAUUCUGGUUGCAGACGAAGGCUGGACAAUUGUACAAAACGAGUCACUUUCAAAAUUAGGCGACCAUGGCUAUGACAACGCUCUCCCAAGCAUGCAUCCGUUCCUGGCUGCUCGUGGGCCUGCUUUUCAUCGGGGUUACAAGCAGAGCACGAUGAACAACGUUGAUAUUUACCCCAUGAUGUGCCACAUCCUGGGACUGAAACCACAGCCGCACAAUGGCACUUUCAGUAACACCAAGUGCUUGCUCGCUGACCAGUGGUGCAUAAACCUUCCAGAGGCUAUUGGGAUAGUUAUUGGGGCUUUUAUGAUACUGACCACUUUCACCUGCAUUAUAAUAAUCUCAAAGAAUAGAGUAGCUCCGCCACGGCCAUUUUCCCGACUUCAGUUACAAUAUGAUGAUGACUGUAGGGAGCCUCGCCUCACUUGCUAA